AUGGGCAGCCUUCGUGGCGCGCGAAAGGACUCCAUCAACCAGGGACCGCUUUCAGACAGCGCUAACACCCCCUCUUCUCCGAACAUCCACGUCUCCCAUUGCUUCGCCCCCGACACCGUCCGCGAAGGCGCCGACCUCGAGCUCGACGACGACGUGGACUAUGCGAGCCUAGAUUCGCGCGCGGACAAGGCAUCGAGAGUGCUCGGAAUUAGACAUAGAAAGUCCAUGGAGCCCAUACCCGCGUCGACGCGCACGUCGCUGGUCUCCACGCGUAGUGUGCGCGACCAGCCAUCCAUUCCUUCCUUCCAGGCCUCCUCUCCUUUGACAUCGCUCUAUGUCGUGUCCGGACUGCCGAAGAGCCCUCACACAUGGACGCUCGCCGACCCCGACUCCGUACUAGGCCUGCACCACAGCGAGGGGGCGGUCAACCGCUGGUGGCGCCCUGAAGUGCUCGGAAGCACCGUCAGCCCCGGUGCGGGGGGCAGCACUGGGAAGAAGAAGAAGCGCGUCAAGAAUGAGGAACUAUUGAAGGGUGCCGGUGUGCUUUCCAAGCAGGAAGUCGCGAAGAUGUUGUCGAAAGCCCUGAAGCUUUCAUUCACCCGCGAGGUUGAGGUCAUAGCGUCAACGCUGCAGCCAGCUUCUACGGUCCACACGUUCACGUUCACUCUCCCUGCACCGUCUACCCCUCUCGCACCCACACCCUCAGGAGACCUCCUGCGCGCCUCAGUUCUCUCGUCCGGCGACAACCGGUCCUCCAUGCUCACGCAUGCGUAUCCAUACUCUGACGACCCAUUCGCGCGCCCCUCGUCAGCUUAUCUCGGCCCACCGUCCCUGCUAGGCCGCGCCGCGUCCACCUCGGCCCACGGCCCUCUUCCCACGGAGGCAACGGCUUCGCCCACAGUCACAUACCACGGUGUAUGCCUGACUGUGUGGUCCCACGCCGACGCUGAGCGGUCGAAUGCUAUCCGUCGCACGCUCGAGGCGGGGCGCUCUCGCAAAGAGUCUGCCCUCUCCUCGCGUCUCAAGAACUUACGUGCCGACAUCACGCAAGACGGGGCGGACCCCCGCCUUCAGGCGAGGCGGACUCAGCGAAAGGGCUCUCGCGGUCCGUGGGGAGACGCGGAGACCGACGCCGAAACCGACGCGGAUGGCGCUGUGAGCGAGUCCGACUUCGAGGUUGCGUCGACGGUCAAUGGCCAUGGGCCGGGCGAGAGCACAUUAUUCCUCCCCGGUGACACCGUUUUCUGGCUGCCGUAUGCUUUGACACUGGUGUCCCGCCACCCAGUCUACGACUUGAUGCGGGAUUACCUGACGUUGUCGUGGGCGCGCUUCAGUAAGGAUGUCCAGUCGCACACGCUCCAGAUCAGCAAGAUUUUGGCGCACCCUGCUCCUCGCGCUGGCGAGCUGAUCAAGCUAGACGCAAGCCCUCGAGGCGGCACCGACGGCGAUGGCUCCCUUGAAGUCAUCGCGCGCUUCCCAGGAGGCCUGGACUUCGGCAAAGGACUGGUGGACAUCAACUUCACGAUGUGGCCUCUGUUCAAGUGUCUCAACAUAGACAACAUCCUCACUAUCUGCGAGAUUGCUCUUUCCCCGACUGGUCGCAUCCUGUUCUUCUCUCGGCAUCCUGCUAUGCUCGGCAUUGCCGUGAACACGAUUAAGUAUCUCGUUGAGCUGAGAGGAUGGAACGGCAUCGCGUUGCCCGCUGUCCACGCCCGCGACGCCAAGAUCUACAUCGACGACCCCGGCCCAUGGAUUAUGGGUCUCGCCACGGAAGCCCGCUACAGCGUCCGUCCAUCCCCGGAGGUUUGUGUGUGUGACCUGGACAUCAACUAUCUGAACUGCGCCUCGCCGCCACCCAACUCCGUGUCGAGCAAGCAACAGCGGGAGAAGUACAGACAGAGGCUCCUCGCCGCAUUCCAGGAUGGCUCGGGGCAGUACAGCUACCACCCCGACCACUGCGUCCCGAGCGAGUUCAAGGAGGCGUUCCCCGCAGGCCGUUUCCGCCCGGUAUGCAAGAUACAGGCCAAGCGAGGCGCGUCUUCAUCUGCGGUGGCGGAGCAAAUCAAACCCCCCGACUGGUGGCACUCGACCAGGAUCAUACAGGCCUUUGACGCCGUGCUUCAAGAUCGAUACAAGAAGCCGUCGCUGCUCAAGCGUCUUUCGAUGUUCAACUCCGUCAAGCGUCCGCCCCAACUCACCGCUGCCGAGCAGCAUAUCCAGCUGUCCAUCCGCAAGCGCGCGACCGCCUUUGUCGAUGCUCGCGACGACCUCGAGACGAAGAUCGGCCGUCUGUCACGUCGGCUGAACUUCCUCAUGACGGAGAGCGACCUUUGGCGCGACAAGUUCGUGACGUUCGAGCAAUACGCGGAGAAGCUCAGUGCGGAGGCCAAUCAGCUUCGGGCGAAAAUCAACAAGGAGCAGCGCGAAACGAAGCGGCUCAGUGGGUUGGUCAGCCUUACGGCCCAAGAAAAGGGUCGUCUGCAGUCUCAGCUACGCGACACGGAGGCCGAGCACAAGAAGGCGAUGGCCGAGCUGGAGGAAAUGCGGGAAACCAUGGAGCGCAUGGAGCUCGAGCGCGCGGAGAUGGUCGCCGAAGUUGAGGCACAGAUCGAGCGUGCGUUGGCGAGCAUGGCUGUGGAUAUCGACGAUUCAGACUACGGUUCAGAGCGCCCUCUCAGCCGCCUAUCCAGCCGCCCCGGAAGCCGGCUCAGUAGCCGGGCGCAGAGUCCCCUCAGCCCUCGCAGCAGUGGCCGGCACCUGCGCUCGUUCCCGACGGAGUCGACCCUCGCAGAACACUACGGCGAGAGCGCGUCCGACAUGCGUAACAGCGUGUCGCCCAUCCGGGAGGACGGCGAGGACGAGGAAGAGGCCAACGCACAAGCAGCGCGCGAGAAGGCCAAACGCUUCUCGUUGACGAAGGACGAGCUCGGCAUGCAGGCUGUCGAUGAAGGCAUUGCCCUCAAGAGCGAAGGCAUUGCGAAGAAGGUGCUCGAGAUUCAGCAGAAGGUCCGUACAGCUUACUUUCGCACGCGUGACUUGUCGUUGACCAUUCGUGCAGUUGGAGACUGCGCUUACGAACGAGCCUCAACGUCGCAAGCGCAGGACUACUGUCACCGACAGAACUCGAUCGAGCACUAG